UUCUGCUCUCCUGGUUCUCCUCCCUCACAGGCUGUUCCUUCCCAGUUUCCCUGGCUGUUUCCACCCCUUCACCCAUUCUUGGGGGCCAGGGGCACUCCUCUGCCUGUACUCACUUCCUUGGUGAUCUCAUCCAGUCUCGUGGCCUUAAAUGCCAUCCAUAAGCCAUCAACCCGAAAAUGUACAUCCUCCAGCCCAGGAUUCACAGAUGCAGCCGUGGUCAUUCAGUUCUACAGGGAGAUCUGUCGGCAUUUCCAGUUCAGUGUCCCCAGACCUUGGCACUUUCCCCCUAAACCUCCUCGCCUCUCCCCUCCUUCUCCAUCUUUUCAGUUGCUCAGUCCAGAAGCUUUGGUCAUCCCAAAUCCCUCUCUCUCAAACACACCCCAUACCUACAAGAUCAGUAAGUUUUGUUGGUUCCACCUCCUAAAGCUCUCCAGAACCUCCUCAGUGCCCACAGCCUGGUCCAUCUGUCACCUUCCACCUGGACAAUCACAGCAGCCUCCCUGGUCUCUGACCCUACCCCUAGUUCAUCCCCAAAGGCAGUCACAGGGACCCACCACUUCUCCCCCUCCCACACCUUCACACAGGAAGCAGGUGGCCUUGCCACCAGCAGAGUGACAUCCGCUAUUGCUGCUUCUUUACUCCCCAACUGUUCCUCAGGACUUCUCUGGACCAAAGCCUCUUGCCAGACCCCUUCUAGCCUCAGCCUAGCAUGGCCCCUUCCGGUGACAUCCUGCUCCUGCUCCCAGUGAUUGCAGCUCUGGUGACCCCAGGUUCCUGUUCCGGAUGUGAGCCUGUCUCUCUGCCCCUGCUGGCAGGCCUCAUGGCUGCCCAUGCGGUGGUGUCGCUGCUAAUCAUUGCAGCAGUGUUUGUGUGUGCUUGCCCACGCCACAGGCCCACCCAAGAACAUGACAAAAUCUACAUCAACAUGCCUGGCAGGGGCUGACCCCCGUGUAAGUGAGACCUUGGACUUCUGACCCUCUGCUUCCUGUGUUGUGUGUGGCA